AUGGGCUGCCUGCGCGAGUUGUCGCUCAUCUGGGCCGCCGAGGACGCGGAGGAGAUGUGUGUUAACGACGACGACGACGACGACGACGAUGACAGCAACAACAGCAACAACAACGACAACAACGACAACGACAACAACAACAACAACAACAACAACAACUCUGUCGUCAACAGCAGCGGAAGCGACAGGGAGGUGUGGCUCGACGCCAGCGCCCGCCCUAGCGCGCUCUCCAUCGCCGUCGACGACGACUACGAGGACGACGUGGCUGCUACCGCUGUUGUCACCGUAAACACUGAGAAUAUGAACAACGAUUAUUUCAGCCAUCUGGUUAAGUCCGCACGGGGAGAAAUCACUGCGUGA